AUGUGUAUGCAUGGCACAUCUAACACAACAUACAGCACCACGGAUGAUGGCAGCUUCCGCAAAGGGUCACCGAAGGCGACAGUUCGUCCUGCAGAACGGAAAAACAAAGUUGUGAAAACUGGAGGCCGUAUGAACAAUGUAAAAGAAGGCGUGACUUGCGGGAAAGUCCUUCACAAGAAAACUGCACGCCAGCAGUCGGUAGUGACUGGAGCUGAAUUCGGAGCAAGCAACCAACGGGAGUAUAGCCAAAUAAUGCUCCCGUACAAUUCACACCAGCAGCAGCAACACGCGGAACAAAAUCAACCACCAGCGCAGUUUUUUUACGAUCAAAACUCUAUCGGAUUACCCGUCGGAAUUGUACCUCUGGAUCUGUCGCUUCGCCAAGGGAAUGUACCAAUGACUCCUCCGACAACUCCGUCACCACCACGAAAGCGAACGAAAGUAUUCGAUGAGGAUGAAUGGAGACUAAAACUUGUUAACAGCACUAAUUUUCGGCCUACGAACCAAUUCUCGGAUACCGUUUGCAUCGACGAUAAAAAGUAUUAUGCAAACACAACACUAGCUAGCAGUUCCCGCUUCCGUUAUUUCGACGAUUCUGCCCGGUUACCACCUUUCAAAUCGCUGCAACCAAUAACUACAACCCCGGCGACAGUUUCGGCAACGAGUGCUUCACAGCAAACAUCAGUCGAUGAAUUGAUCGACAUCACUGGUCAGGAGGACUCAUCUGGAGAAGACUUUCGCCGUUCGCCGUCUAACAUCGAUGUCGAGUCUCUGGACCCCGAUGAAGACGGGAAUUGCGAAGCAGAAGACGUAGACGAUGACGACAGUCAGCAGUCGAUCAACAUUGUUGACAGUGAAAAGGAAAACAGUGAAGCUGUACUGAUAGAUGGGCAGCGAUAUUUUGAGAACGAGAAGCUACACCUGCAAGCUAUCGAAGGGUUUGCUAGACUGUUCGAACGAAGUUUCGUCGGAUAUGAUCAUCAUCAUGCGAAAGAACGUACUCCGAAACAGUGUUCUCAGCGUCCAAAAUCUGACCGACGGCGUAUCAAAACUCGUAAACAAUUGGUAGAUGAAGACAACAGUAGUCCCGUAUCGGGAACUAUCAUUCGGAAGCUACAGGAUGGCGAAGAGCUAGUCGUUCGCAAGGGAGACAUCGAUCCGGCGUUCAAUGUAGUGGAGAUAACCGACGAAGCAAAGGAAAUUCUGUCCAAAAUUGAAAAUAAGAUUGGCUCAUAUCUGUGUCAACUGUGCCGAGCGCUGUACGAUGAUGCCUUUGGUUUGGCCCAGCAUCGCUGUUCGCGGAUCGUACACAUCGAGUACCGGUGCUCCGAGUGUGAUAAAGUGUUUAACUGUCCGGCCAAUCUUGCCUCGCACAAGCGCUGGCAUAAACCGCGAAAUGGGGCCGGUGGCCCGGGACAGUCCAGUAGUGCGGGCGAGUGUCGGGAGGGUAAAAGAAGAGGUGGUGGGACAGUAGUUUCGGACAGUGCGGAAAAGAAAGACGAUGAGUGUGUCGAAAUCGUGGAUAUUGCCGGUAUGGAACGCGGAACCGCCGACGGUUCCCAUGCUGCGGAGGAUGUCUUCCGGUGCAGUCAGUGUGGAAAAAGUUUUAGAAGACAAAGUUACCUUAAGAAACACCUCCAAUCUCAUCAAACGCCAACGGAUGGUUCUGGUCGUUCGAAUGGCCCCGGAAUAAUGUGCGCAGCGUCGUUGGUUCAGCAGAAUGCAGCCGCUGCGGCUGCUCUCUUCUGCGGUCAAUCACAACAGCAUCCCGUAAGCGGAGCGCUGCCAUCCGGUGGGACAUACCCUCGUGCGGGGAAUAACUCCGUUGGAGGUCUUUUUCCCUUUUCGGCAGCUUAUGGCGGUCACUUUCCGAAGGACCCCGGAAACUAUUCCGAAUUCGAGAAACGACGCUGGCAGUCGAUAAGCGAGCUGUAUCUACAGCAGAGGGAUCGACUUUCUGCCUUUCAGUAUGUUCGGCAUCACCAAUACGAGGACUAUCUCAAAAGCAUUCAACCAUUCCAUUUUGGACGCGAGAAAUCCUGA